CGAAAACUUGUGAUCCGACGUACGUGAACUAUACAUACCAAAAUUAAAAUAGACUUUUUGUAUUGUGGUUUAUCGAAAAGUGUUGUGAAUACUUUUGCAGUUAUAUUAAGAAAAACAUAUUUAAAGAUGGUAAAUAGUUACUAUUUUUAUUUUUAUAUUAACGAAAGAAAAUUACGUUUACAAAAAUGGUAUGUGGCUCAUCCUGAUAAAUUGAAAAAAAAAAUUACACGAGAAUUAAUUACCACAAUAUUAGCACGAAAGCCAAAAAUGUCCAGUUUCUUAGAAUGGAAGGACGUUAAGGUUGUCUAUAAAAGAUACGCCAGUUUAUAUUUUUGUUGUGCAAUAGAACAAAACGAUAAUGAAUUAUUAACAUUGGAAAUUAUACAUCGUUAUGUUGAACUAUUAGAUAAAUACUUUGGAAGUGUUUGUGAAUUAGAUAUAAUUUUCAACUUUGAGAAAGCAUAUUUCAUCUUAGACGAAUUAUUGGUUGGUGGUGAAAUUCAAGAGACUAGCAAAAAAAAUGUUUUAAAAGCCAUUGCAGCUCAGGAUUUACUACAGGAGGUUAGUUAUGGGGAUGUACCCAUUGAGUUGUGACUUGUCCUUUUUAACGAUAUUAUAAUUUUUCUUUGUUACUUUCUAGUAAUAUUACAGAGUUGUUUUAAGAUAUACAUGUCUUCCAUAUACGUUGUCAUCUUUUUUGACUUUUGUUUAUGAGAAGGUUAAUUACAUUUUUACAAGUUUUAUUAUAUUCUUAUAAUUUUUACUGUUAUAUUGGUAUUUGGAAAUUCGUUUAAAACAACUCUUCUAAUAUAUUUAACCAUCAAUAGUUGGUGUGUAACAUUCUUAUGAAAAUAAUCAAAUUUCAUAUUGAUUAAGAGGUAUAUAUACAAAAUAUUAAAACCUCUUGACUGAUAUAAAUGUGGAGCAUGUUUGUAGCCUGUUUAUUCUGAGUAAAAUAAUGUGAUGAUAUUUAAGUUUAAUUGUAUUAUAUUAUUACACAUAUAUGUACAGUUCCUUUUUUUAAUAUAAAAAUUAAUAAUUACAUAUUAAUACUUACAUAUAUAUAUAAUUCACAUUUACUUUUAAAUGCACAUAGAUUAGUUUACAAUGAUACUUAAUAAAUUUAAAACAAAAAUGUACACAUCAAAAGAACAUGAAUCUAAUUACUAUAUUAUGUAAUAUUCUUUUAUGUGAAAGCAAUUAUCACAUUAUUUUACUGUCUGGAAAACUGGGUUAUCAUGAUAUUUUAAUGUUUAUUAACAGUGUAAUAUCUAAAUUGCAUGAUGGAAUGUAAUUCUUUUUAUUUCAACAUCCAUGUGUUGUUCUUUUUUUGAUUUGAUAUAUUUCCAUAUGUUUUAUGUGCUAUAUAUAUUAUAUAUUUUUCUAAUAUGAAAAUAGUUCUGUUCUUUUAUGUAGUUUAUUACAAAGUACUUAAAGUUUUUAUUAAUAUUUAAUGUGUGCUGUAUGUAAUUAUUGUUAUAUGUUUGGUUCGAAAAUCUGUAUUAUAAAUUCUAUUAAUAUGUAUAUGCAGUCAUGGAGAAUAUUCUUUAUUGUUAUGAAUCAUAAAUGGGAUUCAUAUCUUUUCAAUAUGUGUCAUAAAAUAAUCGUAGUUUUAUAUUAUAGUAUUUUCUGAUUAUAGUAUACACACACACACACACCAUAAUCAGAAAAACAAAAAAUGUCUGCUCAUUUUUUCCAGUAAUGUUAAGUAAAACAUUACGCAUAAAUGAAUAUAGAUAUAUUUUAUAUUUAAAACUGUUAUAACUUUUUAUUUUUUUAUAGCUAAUGCUAUGUGGAUAGUAUGCUUAUACGCUUAUCCUCUCUUUAAUAUAAGUGGGCUUAUACAUAUUAUGAAUUCUUAUUCAUAAUGUAUCCAACAGCAUAUCUAUAGUGAUAAAAUGAAAUGCAUAAAGAAUUAUUGCCAUAUUUUAAUAUCAAACACUGUGUUCAGUAUUGUGACAUACUUCAUAAAAUUAGUAAUAAUAUGAUAUUGUUUCUGGUUCAAAUGUUCCUUUAUCAUAAUAUUUUUCAGACUGAAGUAAAUCAGUAGAACUAUAUAAGAAAAAAUAGUUAGCUAAAAGAAUGAAUCUGCAUUAUGCAAGUAAAUGUUAUAAAAUAUGUUUUAAUUAUAUAACAUAAUUUAAUUAAUAUAAUUAACUUAUAGUAUUACUAAAAUAUUAACAAGACAUAACAUCAUUAUAAUAAAAGUUAUCUUUUCAUUUUGAUUUUUUAAAAAUUUAUUAGAUAUUUAGAGAAAAAUUUUUAGCUUGCUUCCUAUAGAUCAGCAAUAUUUCACAUAAAAUUAAUUUAUAUUUUAUUUGACAUUUUAUAAAUAUAAAAAUAUAAUUAUUUCUUUAAAUAUAAAAAAUUUAGAAUGAAAAUUUUCCAUAGUAAUCUUAUUUUGCAGAAAUUAAAUAAAUAAAUUGAUGGCUUCAUUUAAAAUUUGGUUUAUAUAUACAAUAAGUUUUUUUUAUAAACAAGAAUCCUUAUAAAAUAAAUUAUUAAUAUUAAAAUAAUAGUGUCAAUAUUUUUAGAAUAUCUUUUAAGAUAUUGCCAAUUAAAAUAUUAAACGUUAAGAUCAGAAAAAGAAUUAACAUUUUUAAAUCAAUAGCUUCAGUAAUUUUAUGAAAUUUUAAAGAUUACUUUCAUAUAUUUAUACAAACACUUUUUUAUUUCCACCCUUACAAUUAUUGUUUUGUAAGUUUUGUAUUAUAUAAUAUAAGAAAUAUAAUAUAAUUCAUUAUAAAAAUUACAUAUCUUCAUUUUAAAAUUUUAUAAAACUUUAUAAAAAGCUGUAAAAAAUAAUUAAAAAAAUGUUUUUAAUUUUAUAUAUCUAACUUACACCAUUUUAUUUAUUUAAAAUAAUCUUUCAAAUAUUACUUGAUGCAUAAAUAUUAGUAUUUAUAUUUUGGUUCUAUGCAUGAAUUGAGUAAUAUAAUGAUAACAAAAUAAAUAUUAUUAAAUAAUAUUGAGUUUAUUUUUUUUAUUUUGGUAAAAAUAAUAGUAUAAUUUAAUCAUUUCCCUUUUAUAAAAAUAAUUACUUCACUUUAAAGAAUGUGAUGCUAUAGAAAUGCUGUUGUCUAUAAGUAGUUAUUGAAAUGUAUGUAUAUAUUUCUAAAUUGUAAUAAAUAUUAAUUAUGGUCAAUUAUGUUCAUAAUUUUAUGUUGUAAUGAUAUUUAUUGUGAUAGAUAUGAUACCUUAAGUGGUAUCAUGAUAAGUUCCUACAAUGCGAAAAUAUGCUUGUAUGUUUAUUAUUUCUUUAGAUUUUCGUUUUAUAGAUUUGUAAUAUUUAUUUAUCUUAUUUCAAUAAGAUAUUAUACUGUAAGAGCAACAAAAAAUUAAUGGGUUUAUUUAUUCGUAGACAUAUAUAAAGUAAUUUCUCUUAAUUAUAUUUUGUUCAAAUAUCAAACAGUUUAAUGUUAGUGAUAGAUAUUUUUUAACAACAGUUUAUAAUAUGUUGUAACUAUUUCUACACAUAUAAAGGAUAUGUUAUGUUAUGUUUAUAUAUCAUUGUUGUAAUAUGUGUUUAAUUUGGAAUACCACUCUAAUUAUUACACAAAAUAAAUAGUAUAUUUUGUGAUUUAUUAGCAGAAAUUUUUAUGGUAAUAUUAUCAAAUUUUUUUUUUACUAGUUCAAUUGUAUCAUGAAAUUUUUGGAAAUGGAAGAUUGUGUUUAAACUUUUAAUUAGAAUUUCUACCAUCAAAUAUAAUAAUAAAUCAAUAACUUUAAUAAAUUUGUGCUUAAUGAGAAAAAUAUAUUUUCAUUAUACUAGAAAAAACAUUUUCAAUAUUAAAUUGAAUGAAAAAACAAGAGACAUUUAAUAUAAAAAUUGCAGUAAACCAUAAUAAAUACACUUUUAUCAACAUGGUAUUUGUUAUUAAUUUUAUUGAUUUCAUUUCAUUUAAGUGUUAAUCAAAACCAGAUAAUAAAAGUUUUAAUUCGUCUUUUUGUGUUCAGAAAAUUUUAUAAUAUAUAUCGUUUUUUAUAAUACAUAAUAUAUCAAAUAAAAUUAAUUUUCUUUGUCAUAUUAUUCUUAUUAUAAUAUAUUUUGUAACAUGUAAUUUAUUAAUAAGAUUCAGCUCAAGAUUAUUGUUCCGUUACUAAGGACAUAUCUAGAAAUACACUAAAGAUUAGUUAGAAUAUUUGUUUGUUUGUGGAAGGAUGAAGCUGUGGAAGGUGCCCUGCGGGAGAUAGGGCUUUUGUAGGUGCUGCGUUCUUGCAUGCCCUCCAUGGCCAAUCUGCCAGCCCACGUGAAUCAAGAUCCGGAGCAGACUCAUCCGCUGCAUGAUGUCAUCAUACAUCUCUACUUUUUCUAUAGUUAUUGAGCAUCAAUUUUUUGCGUAUCACUUACAACCCUUACAAAUUUAGUAUUUGAACAUUAGUAUAUUUUUUUAUAGGCGAGUAUCAUACAUAGAUAGAUUUAAUAGUACAUUCAUGUAGUUUAUGUAUAUUAUAUAUACAUGAUAUAUAUCAUAUAUCAUAUAUCAUAUAUAUACACAUUAUAGAAAUUCUUACUAAUUACGAGAUUGCUUUUCAUUUUAUCAUUGAGCAGAUAAUAGCAUAUAAUAUAGUAAGUCUCGUACUAUGGCAAUAAAGUUAUGCACAUUUAGAAAACCAUUAUUUCUGUAUGUGUAAACACAAAAGAAAGAAAUGUUUGGGUAUAAUGUUUACAUAAUUUUCUAACUGCAUAAGGAGUUUUUCUCUAAAAUGUAUAGUAUUAUAUUUAUCUACUUGAAAAUAUUUAUUUUAGUAUUUAAUUAGAGGUGAAUGUUUGAAAGUAUCACUUUUAUAUGUGUACAUGUGUAUAUACAUAAACAAGUGUCAAUUUUUAAUAUUAUAACUUUAACAUAGUAUAUAAUAAUACCCAUAAUAAAUGUAUACAAAGCAAUUUUUACACAAUUGUAUACAAAAUUAUAUACUACCUUUUCCAUGUAAUUAACUCAUUAUGUAUUUAUUGUUAACCCAUUAUGUAUUUACCCUUACAGGUGUUAAUAGCAUAUAUCUUCAAUUAUUUGUGUAUAAAAUAAAAAUAUCACUAGAAUUUUUAUUUAUUCACUCUUUGUUCUUUUGUUAAACUUUAUCAAACUUACAAUAUAUACACUUGACUAUAAAUACAAACAUUCUGUACGCAGCAUGCAAUACAGACAUUUUUUUGAUUGGUACUUAAGCAUUUUAAACGAAGCAAUAAAUGAACAUGUGCUUUGUGCAGCUUUGUGUAUCCAUACAAGUAUAUACUCAGUUAUAUGAAAAGGGUUCAGUUCACCAUUUGAAGCUGCAUCAAGGAGAUUACUUAAUUACAAACUAGGUACGUGUUUGUUUAUAUAUUUUCAUUACUGUAUAUUUGCAUUAUAUGAUAAUGUGCAGCAUCAAAGAAAUUGAUCCCUCUUCAUAUCUUUAAACAUGCUUUUUAUAUCAAUCUUUAAUUUAAUAAUACUAAUUCAUAUGUUUCAGGAGGAGACACCACAAGGUUUCUU